CACAAGCUCGUGGGUGUGUGGAAAUACCAGCCCGGAAAUCAGACGAGCCUGAUCCAAACACAGACUGCAGGCCGUCCUUGGGCACAGACACCAGGCUGGGAUUUAUAAUAUGGAGUCUGGUCAAGUAGCAGAGUUUCGACCCGUGGAACUGGGAGGACAGGAACUCCCUAAACCAGAUGACAUGAAGAAUACUGUGAGCAAGAAGGAACAAGAGCCAGCACCUCCUCAAGAUACUGUGCCACAGCAACCAAACGACUACCUUAUGAGAAAGUAUUUUGUGGGCAGGCCGGGAGCAUUUGAGCAGGCCAGUGAAGACUUGAGAAAGCAAAUUUUUGCAAAGGAAAAUGAAACUGUGAACAGUGCCUGGCUUUUAGCAGAAGUUGAUCACUGGAACAAUGAGAAGGAGAGGCUUGUUCUGAUCACUGAUAAAAGCCUUUUCAUUUGUAAAUAUGACUUUAUCAUGCUGUGCUGCGAGCAGAUUCAGAAGGUUCCUCUCAACUUCAUCGACAAAAUAUGCCUUGGACCAUUUACAUUCCCUCAGAGAUCUCUUGACAAGAGAGAAGGCGAGGGUCUUCGAGUUCAUUGGGAUAAACGGAGUGAAGGCUCUUUUACCAAUCGCUGGAAUCCAUUUUCAGAGACUUUACCUUACACUACUUUUAUUGAUCACCCACUGAAAAACUUUUCUGAAAAGUUCUCAGAAAUCUGCCAGAUUUCUGAUUUUGCUGAUAGCCUAGUGCAAGCUGCAGAAGAAGCUCAUAAGGAGAAUCCAGUGCCAGGCAGAGCUAAUGGAGUUAUGUUCCUCAAACAGCCAAUUGUGAUAGAAACUUAUGUGGGAUUAAUGUCAUUUAUUGGGAAUCGCAACAAACUUGGCUAUUCACUUGCCAGAGGAAGUGUUGGGUUUUGAGAUGGAUUCAUUUGUUGAACUUGAAUGUUUCUCUUCGCUACAAUUCUACAUGAUCAUAUAUGCCAUGUUAUUAUUAUUGUCGUUUCAGUGGCUUGGUAGGUCUAGGAAUAGUUCUUCAGCUUUUCAAUAAUAAUAAUAAUAAUAAUAAUAGUACAAUCCAGGAUCCAAAUGUUCAUCUAGGCCAUUUAACUACAUUCAUGCAGACAAUUCUGUACAAUGCAAGCAUACACCUAGUGCAAAAACUCCAUAUGCAGAAGCACUUGGCUGAUAUACUAAAUGCUUUAAAUGGUAUUCUAUGGUAAAUUAGGAUUUCUAUAAAAUGUGCCAUUAAUUUUUGUACUUACUAUUAAAAUUGGUUAUUAUUUAACAGUA